AUGUCGCGACCUAUCUUGAGAGGCCGUAUUGGCAAAUGGGUGCUCGCAUUAUCAGAAUUCUCGCUACAGUAUGUGCCACAGAAAGCAGUAAAGGGGCAAGCCAUAGCAGGAUUUCUGGCACAUCACCCUAUGCUGGAUGUCCCCGCGGUUAGAGAUUUAGAGGUCGCUGCCACAACUUUAGAUCGCCCGGAUUUAGCAUGCUUGCCAGAGUACGCCACGCUUUAUCAAGCCACAGUCUCACUCCAGCCUUGGGUGUUAUAUUUUGACGGGUCAAGAACAGAUACGCUAGCAGGAGCAGGGAUUGUCUUGGAAAACCCGGCCGGCGAUCGAUUUUCCUACUCUUUCCAGUUGGAGUUCCAGUGUACCAAUAACCAAGCAGAGUAUGAGGCCCUCAUUAUAGGCCUAGAAGUAUUACUGGAAAUGGGAAUCGGAGAUGUACAAAUACUUGGCGAUUCUCUUUUGGUUAUCAAUCAGUUGUCCAACGAGUUCAGAUGCAAUAGCUUCAUGUUAGUUCCUUAUUGGAACAGGGCAUUAGACCUGUUGGACCAGUUUGAUAACAUACAUCUAGAGUACAUUCCUCGCGAGCAAAAUUUUGCAGCGAACGAGUUGGCCCAACUGGCAACAGGGGUAACAUUGAGAUAUGGCGUGCGGGAGAGAAUCCUUAAAGUCGAGCGUCGCACGCUUCCUUCAUGGAUGGCGAGAAGAGAUCCUCCAGAUAAUACCUCAGUCGCGACCCUGGAACCUAUUGACGUGGAUUGGCGCAUCCCUUUGAUCGCUUAUCUCAAGCAGCCAGAUCCCACUGCCGACAGGAAGAUUCGUUUUCUUGCACUAAAUUACUUUCUUAGAGCUGACGAGCUGCGACGACGCGGCGAAGAUGGCGUAGACUUCAGAUGUGUUUAUGGCUGCGAAGCGAAACAACUCAUGCGUGAAGUUCAUUCCGGCAUUUGUGGUGCUCACCAAGCAGGUCCAAAGAUGCGAUGGUUGCUCAGACGACAUGGAUAUUUUUGGCCCAGUAUCUUGAAGGAUUGCAUCGCAUUCGCUAAAGGUUGUUUGGACUGCCAAGCUCAUGGGCCGGUCCAGCAUGUCCCUAAUGUUCCAAUGCAACCCAUUAUUAAGCCUUGGCCCGCAAGAGGAUGGGCGCUAGAUUUAAUUGGGAUGAUUCACCCACAUUCAUCACUUCAGCACAAGUUCAUUAUCGUCGCAACCGAUUUCUUUACAAAAUGGGUCGAAGCAGAACCUUUGAAAGAAGCAUCUGGUGGUACGUUGCAAUAA